UGUAUCAUGUUCAUGGAAGGAAGAAACGAGAUUUCGACGAGUUUGUCGUUGGUUGAAAAUGACGAAAAUAUAUGAUAUUCCGGAAUAUAUACUAGUAUCUUACGUGUUAUUUUGGUUUGGAUUUUUCUUCCAUUUCAUUGGAUUUGUUGCACCAAACUGGUAUAGCUACACAAAGUAUGGUAACACUACUAUAUAUGGCGGUAUUUGGAGAACCUGUGAUAAAAUUAUUGGAUGUCAGGAUAUAAUUGAUGGGGACGUAUCUUCAUGGAUGGAAGCUACUCAGACAUUUGAAAUAUUCGGGUUUCUCAUCCUUCUUGUGACAGCAGCCAUUUUUACCGCCAAAUUAUGUCGUUUUGAAAACAAAACGGACAAAUAUACGUGGAUAAUUAUUGGACUUUUAUUCACCAGCUGCUUUUUCGUCAUGCUUGGAUUUAUCAUAUUUGCAUCGGCCGCUCCAGCAAUUAUUCAAACGAACAUGGACUUUGCCUUCGGUAUGAUCAUUGUGGCGGCAAUAUUCUUAGUGCUUAGUGGAAACUUUUUUGUUUUAGAUGCCACAAAGUAGCCUUUGAUAAAACCAACAUUAUUACGGGUGGAAACAAAUUAUUUGUAUAAGACUGAAUUCUGUACUUCGUUUGAGCUCUUUUGAUUAUUAAGAUAAUAACAAUAAUUCAGAAAUAGCAACAAUUUAAAGGCAUGUCCUUUCAAAGUGGUCAACAAUAGACUAACCUACAUGUAUCAUACCAGUUCCUUUUAAAGUGGUCAGCAAUAUACUAACCUACAUGUAUCAUACCGGGUCCUUUUAAAGUGGUCAGCAAUAUAUUAACCUACAUGUAUCAUAUCAAGAUUGUGGUACAAAAAUUAAUUCACUUUUCAUUCACAGAUUCUAAUAGUAAACUUGUUUAUUACAUCCAUACAUAUAAUGUCAUUGUAACAAGCAGCAAUUGAUUCGAUU